UUCUUUUAAAAUGUUUAUGCAUAUUCCAAUUUACAAAUUGUAUAUGAAUAAAAGAUAUUUUUAUAUAUUGAUUCUUUUAUUUCUAACUGUUUUUGUUCUAAAUUUGUGGAUUGCAAUGCAUUUAUUUUCAAAUAAUCAAAUCAAUAAUAUAUAUAGACGAAAAGAAAUAUUUUUGAAAUAUUUCAAAUCUGAUCUCAAAAAGUUUAAUUUAAAUCAUAUGAAUUCAAAUAUACAACUAACUGAAAAUCUUACAAAAAGGAAUAAUAAAAUAUUACAAUUUUUACAUCAAGAUUUUAAAUUUAAUGAAGCAUCUGAUUCCCUUAUACAAAAAAAAAACCGUAUUGAUUAUUACUAUAAUCAAUUUGUAAUAAAUCCUGUUACAUCACUUAACAAUUCAGUAAGCUUGCUGGAAAGUAUCAUAACUAUACAUCUGUUGCAGUUAGAACAAAUGAUUUACCCAAAAUCUGGGAUUACUAUAACAAAAGGGCUUAUAAAUAUCCAAAAUCAGCUGAUAAAUGAAUAUAAUGUUUUUAUAUCUCAAUAUUCAACUAACUUUAAAAAUAUCCAAAAUGUUGGAAGAUUAUCCUUAUCAAAUAAGUGGAAGGCAUUGGCUGAUGAAUUGGUUAAUAAUCAUGAGUCAUUUUCGAAACGCGUCUCUGGCCUAGUCGGAUGAGUGCGUAUGUUUCAAUCCGAAGGUUCUGGCUUCGAAUCCCAUAAUGUUUUUUUUCCAAAAGCCAACUUGGUGGUUCCAUCCUUGGGAGAAAUAUAUUAUCGCAACAAAGAAUUUUUAGGAUAUCAGGGGGCAGAUAGACAUAAUGGAGAAAUCGUUGCUUUUUACAUAAAUCGUCUUUUAGGCUUUAAUAAAGUACCUCUAACAACUGGGAGACUAAUAAAUAUUACAGAAUUAAAAGCGAAAUCAAAUAUACAGUUAUCCCAUACUUUUUAUCGGAAACAUAGCGAUAUUUGCUUUUAUGGUGUUUGUUAUUAUUGUAAUAAAAAUGAGUCUGUCUGUAUAAAAGCUCAUUCUAAUUUAGAGGCAUCGAUAAGUUUAUUUUUACCUUCACAUGCUAAAUUGACAAAAUAUGUUAAUCCAUGGAUUCGCAGUUACAAACAUAAUUAUUUGGCAAGGUGGGAAUAUGAUCCCCAAUUUUGUAGAUUAGUACGCCAAAAUAGUCAUCCUUUAAAUAUAUUUAAUAAAUUACCUAAUCUAUUAGAUUUAAUUGAUUCAUGCAUAUUAGACUUUCUAAUAGGAAACAGUGAUAGGCAUCAUGUUGAAUUUCUAUCUAUAAAUCAACCAUCUAUUUCAUCAAAUUUAAAUAAAAUCUUUAUGACUCUCUUAGACAAUGGUAAAAGUUUUGGUACUUAUAAACAUGAUGAAUUUAGUAUAUUGGCUCCACUAUAUAAUUGUUGCAUAUUACGAUUAAAAACAUGGCGGCGAUUAAUACAAUUAGCUUCGUUUAGCCUUAUUAAUAUAAAUUCUACUCAAUCUCAGGUUUCGGAUAACAUAUCUUUAAAUUCUGAAAGAUAUUCAUUCUCGAUGCUUUUAAGAACUAUAUUGAAUUCAGAAGAUAUUCCAAAUUUAUUACAUCCACAAUAUUAUAUAGCAAUCAACAGGCGGUUAAAUAUCAUUAUAUCUUUGGUGAACCAUUGCCUGAUUAAUAACGGUUUUACAAAUCUUAACUAUAUGAAUACUCUAGUUGAUAUAGAAAAUUUAGAACAUAAAUACAAAUACAUGUUCAUAGCAGACGAGUAAAACAAUGCAAAAGAUUAUCGAUAAUUAAAAACCAAAGGGAGUAUAACCAAUUAUGACGAUAUUAUUAUUGUUAAUUCUUUAUUGAUUGAAAUUGAUAUGAGCAUUUUAAAAAUACAUGAAUAUUAUGGUGAUCAAAU